AUGUCUGUCAAGGACGUCAACAAGAUGAGUGGCGAGCUGGAGAGCAAGCUCAAGGGCAAGCUGUUCCUUGGCGGAGCAAAGCCGUCUGCGGAGGAUGUGAAGAUGUUCAGUGACUUGCUGGGCGCCGGGAACACAUGCGUGUACCGCUGGGUGAAGAAUAUGGCCUCCUUCACGGAGGCGGAGCGCAAGGCGUGGGGAGCCCCAGUGAAGGUGACACCCCCGCCGGCUGCUGCGGCCGCUGCCCCUGCUGCUGCUGCUCCCGCGAAGGAGGCACCCAAGAAGGCAGCCCCCGCUCCGGCAAAGAAGGAGGAGGAAGACGAGGACAUUGAUCUCUUUGGUGAGGUGACAGAGGAGGAGAAGGCCGCACUCGAGGCAAAGAAGAAGAAGGACGCUGAUGCCAAGAAGGCCAAGAAGGUGGUCAUUGCCAAGUCAUCAAUUCUCUUCGACGUGAAGCCAUGGGAUGAUACAGUCGAUCUGGAGGCACUCGCCCAGAAGUUGCAUGCUGUGAAGCGCGACGGUCUUCUUUGGGGUGACCACAAACUUGUUCCAGUGGCGUUUGGGCUGAAGAAGCUUCAGCAGCUGAUUGUCAUUGAGGACGACAAGGUUUCUGGUGAUGACCUCGAGGAUCUUAUCAUGUCAUUUGAGAACGAGGUGCAGUCUAUGGACAUCGUCGCCUGGAAUAAGAUUUAA